UUGCGCAAGCAUAAUCAGACUUCUUUUUUUUCCCCCCCAGUCGGUGUUAUCCGCUGUCCAAUUUGUGGUCAGGAAUGUGCAGAGAGACACAUCAUAGAUAACUUUUUUGUGAAGGAUACCACAGAGGUUCCCAGUAGCACAGUAGAGAAAUCAAAUCAGGUCUGCACGAGCUGUGAAGACAAUGCAGAAGCUAAUGGAUUUUGUGUGGAAUGUGUAGAAUGGUUGUGCAAGACCUGCAUCAGAGCUCAUCAAAGGGUUAAAUUCACAAAAGAUCAUACAGUAAGACAGAAAGAGGAAGUAUCGCCAGAGGCAGUUGGUGUGACCAGUCAGCGACCUGUGUUUUGCCCUUACCACAAAAAGGAGCAGUUGAAGUUGUAUUGUGAAACCUGUGACAAGUUGACCUGCCGAGACUGCCAGUUACUAGAACACAAAGAGCACAGGUACCAGUUUAUAGAAGAAGCUUUUCAAAACCAGAAGGUGAUCAUUGAGACACUAAUCACAAAAUUGAUGGAGAAGACUAAGUACAUAAAAUAUACAGGGAAGCAGAUCCAAAACAGAAUUCUUGAAGUGAAUCAGAAUCAAAAGCAGGUGGAACAGGAUAUUAAAGUUGCCAUAUUUACACUGAUGGUAGAAAUAAAUAAAAAGGGAAAAGCUCUGCUGCAUCAGCUGGAGACUCUGGCAAAAGAGCACCGGAUGAAACUUCUGCAGCAACAACAGGAAGUGGCAGGUCUCUCUAAACAGCUGGAACAUGUCAUGAAUUUUUCCAAAUGGGCAGUUUCCAGUGGGAGCAGCACAGCACUACUGUACAGCAAACGCUUGAUUACAUAUCGAUUACGGUAUCUUCUCCGAGCAAGAUGUGAUGCUUCACCAGUGACUAACAAUACUAUCCAGUUUCACUGUGAUCCUAGCUUCUGGGCUCAAAAUAUUUUCAAUCUAGGUUCUUUGGUAAUAGAAGAUAAAGAAACCCCACCACACAUUCCCAAGAGCCCUGUCAUGGAAACAAACUUACAGCCACCAGGCAGCUUACCUUCAAACCAGCUGUCUAAGUUCCCAACACAGAUAAGCUUAGCUCAGCUCCGACUUCAGCACAUGCAGCAACAGGUUAUGGCUCAGAGACAGCAAGCUCAACGCAGAGCAGGUCCAGUAAGUUUACCAAAUCCAAGAAUGGCAGGAGCCAUGCAACAACCUCCUGCUUCUCAUCAGGCACCUCCACGUUUGAUUCAUUUUCAGAAUCAUAGCCCCAAGUCCAAUGGUUCAGCUCUUCCAGCACAACAGAUGAGAUUCCCACAAAAUCAGAACCUACCAAGGCAAGCAAUAAAGCCCAAUCCGUUGCAAAUGGCAUUCUUGGCACAGCAAGCUAUAAAACAGUGGCAGAUCGGUAGUGGACAAACUUCAACUGCCCUUUCAACUGCAAGCAGCACAACAUCUACUCCAUCCAGCCCCACAGUCACUAGUGCUGUAGGAUGUGAUGGGAAGACAUAUGGUCCCCCUGUGAUAGAUUUGAGUUCUCCAGUGGGUAGCUCCUACAAUCUACCAUCUCUUCCUGAUAUUGAUUGUUCAGGAAACAUCACACUGGAUAAUGUUGUAAGGAAGGAUGGCACUGCAGAGCAGAAUCAGCCAAAACCCGCUUCAAACAGAACUGUUCAGUCACCAAAUUCAUCGGUACCAUCCCCAGGCCUCUCAGGAGGAGUCAAUGUGACAAACAUACACCCUCCAAUUCGUUCACCCAGUGCCUCCAGUGUUGGGAGCAGAGAGAGUUCUGGCUCCUCCAGCAGGCCACCAGGAGCUGAUUCUACACACAAAGUCCCGGUUGUUAUGUUGGAGCCAAUCAGAAUUAAACAGGAGUCAAAUGCAGCAAAUGAGAACUUUGAUUUCCCAAUUGUUAUAGUGAAGCAAGAAUCAGAGGAGGAAUCCCGGCCUCGGAAUGUAAUAUUAACAGUUAUAAAGAUCUCCUUUCUCUGUGGUGGAGG